AUGUCAAAACAACCCGAUGAAGAUUCUGACAACAGGAAAGAGAUCGUUAGAAGAAUGUUGACAGCUAUCGGAGUUGAAGAGGAAAUCAUCGAUUCUGCAGACAAUACUCCUGGCCCUGCUGGGCUACUCUCUGCUCUUCGACUACAGUUGAUGGGUAAGAGGUACCUGAUUGUUCUUGACGACGCUUGGAACUCCGACGACUUCUAUCAACAGCUGAAUUCUCGAUCAACUCAGGCUAGGAAUGUUAUCGAAAACCUUGCUUGCAGUUUGCCAAAAGGGUAUGGCGGAGCAGUGAUCGUCACAAGCAGAUCUGAAGAACUAGUAAAGAAAAUGGUGGGUGAAGAAAACUUGCAUCGCCUUCCACCAACAGAUACAGAGAGCUGCUGGAAGAUAUUCAAAGACUCGGUUCAGGAAGAUGGAAAACAAUUCCCACAAUACUUGGAAGAGCUGAAAUAUGAAAUUGUUAGCAAGUGUUCUGGGCUUCCAUUAGCUGCAAAAGUGUUGGGUCAAAUUGUGAAUGAAAACUCCAAAACAGAACUCUACUGGGGGCGACGGUGA